GGGUGUUCACCAGAAGGCACCGCUUGCCAACUCCGCUCCUUUCCCGCAGCAGCGCUGAUAUCUCCCGCCACGAUGAGCUGGAAAUCCGGCAGCAUCCGAAGUGGAGGUGGGAGCAAGGGCUUCAGCACAGUGUCUGCUGUGGUUCCAAGUAGCCACAGAGCCAGCUUCAGUUCGGUCGCCGUGUCAAGAGGCGGCGGAGGUUUCGGAAGGCUCGGUGGCGGAGGCAGUUUUGGCAGCAGGAGCCUUUAUAACUUAGGGGGCACUAAGAAAAUUUCCAUCAGUGGUGGGAGCAACCUCCGGAGUGGAUUUGGGGGUGGAGCUGGUGGUGGCUUCGGUCUUGGCGGCGGAGGUCAUGGUGGCGGAUCUAGCUUUGGCGGGGGAGCUGGUGGUGGUGGGCUCAGUAUUGGUGGUGGAGCCACUGGGAGUGGAUUUGGCUUUGGUGGCAGUGGGCUUGGUUUUGGUGGCGGUGGAGGCUUUGGUGGUGGUAGAAGUCCAGCAGGAUUUGGCAGUGGCAAUUCACCUGGCAUGGGUACCAUCCAAGAAGUGACCGUCAACCAGAGUCUCCUGGCGCCACUGAACCUGGAGAUUGACCCAAACAUCCAACAGGUGCGAAAAGAGGAGAAGGAGCAGAUUAAGAGUCUCAACAACAAAUUUGCCUCUUUCAUUGACAAGGUCCGCUUCCUGGAGCAGCAGAACAAGGUGCUCGAGACCAAGUGGACCCUGUUGCAGGAGCAGGGUCAGAAAUCCAACUCCAACAAGAAUAACCUCGACCCCCUCUUUGAGUCUUAUAUCACCAACCUGAGGAAGCAGCUGCACAGCCUGUUAAAUGAAAGAGGGCGGAUGGAGGGAGAACUGAAGAACACGCAGGACCUUGUAGAGGAUUUUAAGAACAAGUACGAAGAUGAAAUCAACAGGCGCACCGCGGCGGAGAACGAGUUUGUGGUGCUCAAGAAGGACGUGGAUGCCGCCUAUAUGAACAAGAUAGACCUGGAGGCCAAGGUGGAUGCGUUGAUGGAUGAGAUCAACUUCCUCAGAACCCUCUAUGACACGGAACUGGCCCAGCUGAAUGUCCAGGUGUCCGACACCUCCGUCAUCUUGUCAAUGGACAACAACCGAGACCUGGACCUUAGCAGCAUCGUGAACGAAGUCAAAGCUCAGUACGAGGACAUUGCUAACAGGAGCCGAGCCGAGGCUGAGUCAUGGUAUCAGAUCAAGUUCGAGGAGCUGCGAGCCACUGCUGGGAAACACGGCGAUGACCUGCGGAACACAAAGGGAGAAAUCUCAGAGCUGAACCGGCUGAUCCAGAGGUUACGGGCCGAGAUUGAGAAUGCAAGGAACCAGUGCGCCAGUCUGCAGACGGCGAUUGCGGACUCGGAGGAACGUGGUGAGCUGGCUGUCAAAGAUGCCAGGAUGAAGGUGGCCGAUCUGGAGGAUGCUCUCCAGAAGGCCAAGCAGGACAUGGCCCGCCAGCUGCGGGAGUACCAGGAGCUGAUGAACGUCAAGCUGGCCCUGGAUAUCGAGAUCGCCACCUACAGGAAGCUGCUGGAGGGAGAGGAGAGCAGGCUGUGCGGAGAGGGCGUCAUCCCUGUCAGCUACUCGGUGGUCAGCUCUAGCGCUGUAGUUGGUGGCGGAGCCGGUUUAGGAGGAGGAUUUGGCGGCUUUAGCUCGGCAGGAGGCGGAGGAGGAUUCGGCUACGGAGGUGGAAGCGGUCUCAGUCUCGGAGGCGGAGGGUUCGGCUUUGGAAGCGGAGGUGGCUUCGGAGGGGGCAGUGGCUUUGGCUAUGGAGGUGGCAGCGGGCUGAGUGCCGGAGGAGGAAAUUUCAGCGCCGGAAGUGGGAAAGGCACUGGGGUGGGAACCAGCGCGGGCGUGAAAAUUGUCUCCAAAACCUCUUCCAGCAAAAAGACCAUUAAAAUACCAUGCCCUGCUAGCCUGAUUUAUGCAGUCAUCCUCGCUUGUGAUAGUGCAGAUGGCAAAAGAGCAGUAUCUUACUUUGCCAGAAGUCCCAUUGAGGCCAACGGAACUAACUGCAUAGCGAAGGGGACUGACUUUCAGAAACUGCUCGCCGAGAAUUGGAGCCUCCUUAAACUGACUCAAGUCGUGCACCCAAAAAACAAAGUGACCAAAAUCAAACAGAAACUUUUGAAAAUCUUGACCAGUACGUUUUCAAUUGAACGAGCCACCAUGAGUCGAAUCUCCAUGAGAAAAUCAACAAGCGGGGGUGGAAGCAAGAGCUUCAGCUCAGGUUCUGCUGGCUUAGGCGGAGGUUUUGGUGGUGGUGGUGGUGGCAGAAGCAGCUUCAGCUCGGUCUCUGUCUCUCGAGUUGGAGGAGGAAGAGCUGGUGGCUUUGGAGCUGGUGGCGGUGGCGGUUUUGGCAGCAGAAGCCUAUAUAGCCUAGGUGGAAAUAAAAGAAUUUCCUACAGUACCGUCGGCGGAGGUCUCCGGAGUGGAUUUGGUGGUGGUGGAGGAUAUGGUGUUGGUGGAGGAGCAGGCUUUGGUUACGGUGGUGGAGCAGGCAGUGGUUUUGGUCUCGGUGGAGGUGGAGGUGGCGGCUAUGGGUUAGGUGGUGCUGGCGGUGGCUAUGGGUUGGGUGGCCCUGGGUUCGGUGUAAGGGGUGGCCCUGGGUUUCCCGUUUGUCCACCUGGUGGCAUCCACGAAGUGACCGUCAACCAGAGCCUCUUGGCGCCGCUCCACCUGGAUAUCGACCCGGAGGUCCAGAAAGUGAAAGUGCAGGAACGAGAACAGAUCAAGACCCUCAACAAUAAAUUUGCCUCCUUCAUCGACAAGGUCCGAUUCUUGGAGCAACAGAACAAAGUAUUGGAGACCAAAUGGACUCUACUGCAGGAACAGGGUCAGACGACUAUCAAACGGAGCCUGGAUCCUCUUUUUGAGGCCUACAUUAAUAACCUCAGGCGGCAGCUAGACAACCUCUUGGGGGAGAGAGGAAGACUGGAUUCAGAACUGAGGAACAUGCAAGACAUGGUGGAGGAUUUUAAGAAUAAAUAUGAAGAUGAAAUCAACCGGCGCACAGCUGCAGAGAAUGACUUUGUGGUGCUCAAGAAGGAUGUGGACGGCUCCUACAUGAACAAGGUCGAGUUGCAGGCCAAAGCAGACGCGCUGCUGGAUGAAAUUAAUUUCCUGAGAGCUUUGUUUGAAGCGGAACUGAGCCAGAUGCAGCAGCAGGUCUCUGACACCUCCGUCGUCCUGUCUAUGGACAACAACCGAAGCCUGGACCUGGACAGUAUCAUCCGGGAGGUCAAAGCGCAGUACGAGGAGAUUGCCAACAGGAGCAGAGCUGAGGCGGAGUCUUGGUACCAGACCAAGUUUGAGGAGCUGCAGAUCUCCGUCGGGCGGCACGGUGAUGACCUGCGCAACACAAAGGUCGAAAUUUCCGAGACCAACCGGAUGAUCCACAGGCUGCGGAAUGAAAUCGACAGCGUGAAGAAGCAGUGCGCCAGCCUGCAAGCGGCCAUCGCCGAGGCCGAGGAGCGCGGCGAAAUGGCCCUCAAGGAUGCCCGAGGGAAACUGUCUGAGCUGGAGGAUGCCCUGCAGAAGGCCAAGGCAGACUUGGCCCGCCAGCUGCGGGAGUACCAGGAGCUGAUGAACGUCAAGCUGGCCCUGGAUAUCGAGAUCGCCACCUACAGGAAGCUGCUGGAAGGAGAGGAGAACAGGCUGGCAGGAGAGGGAGUUGGACCCGUGAGCAUCUCAGUGGUCAGUUCCUCGACUGGAUACAGUGGCGGAGGCAGCCUGGGAGGAGGAUAUGGAGGUGGGCUUUCCCUGGGAGGUGGCGGAGGAGGUGGCGGCGGCGGCUACGGUCUCAGCAUCGGAGGCGGGAGCGGAUACGGCCUUGGCGGCGGCAGCGGUGGCGGAUAUGGCUACGGAAGCGGGAUGAGCGUUGGAGGUGGUGGCGCUUUCAGCUCUGGAAGUGGAAGAGGCCUGAGUGGAAGUCUGAGCUCCGGAGGGAGGAGCAGCUCCAGCGUGAAAAUCGUAUCCAAGACCACGACCAGCAAAAAAUCCAUCAGAUAA